AUGGCUACUGUUUUGGCAACGCUGGUUACGUAUACCGAGGAGGCUGCACCGAUAUCAACUGGGAUGCCGACGAAUGCUGCCCAAGCUGCAGGAAUGGUACGGAGUCCACCGUCCUCCGAUGCGUUCGAUACGGAUCUUGCUAUCGAUAUCUUCAGCAACAUCAUCCCCUGCCCACUAGUCAACGGCUCUUUCACGGAAACGUUCUGCUGCAGCGAGCAAGCAGGAAGCCAGGCGGCCGCUGCCGGCUGUUGCGACACAGCAAUAGUCGAUCUUAAUGAAGACGCCAUAAUUACUGGUCCAGGCCGUCUGUAUGAAGGCAAUACCGUGAGCACGGUUUCGCUAUCGCAGUUUACCAAAACUUCAAGCAUCGCAACCGCUUGGACAUCGAAAAAGCUUCCACCUAUCUCGCCCAGCAUCGUGGCAUCUACCACAUCAGCAAGUGUUCUAUCUGCCGUAGCAAAACCUUUGACCCAACACUCACCACCGACGAAGAAGCUUACUGACCUCAGUGUGGCGAUUGGCGUGCCGCUGGGGGUUUUCGCGAUCUCAGGAUUAAUCGCAUUACUCAUCCACGAACGCAGGCUUCGAAUUAAAGCGCAAAAGACGGUUGUUGAUACACUUGUUGCUUACGAAAAGUGUCGCGCGGCCAAGCCACGUGCUGCAGUCUAUGAGGUGCAAGGUCACCCGAGGCCACAUGAACUGGAGCACACACAGUCGCAACCGGGGGAGCUUUAUGAUGGAGAAAUUCAUGAGCUGAAGUAA